ACACUUCUCCUUCUUGCUCUUUUGCUCUUCUUUUUGAUACCACACACUCUGCCCCCCAGAAAAUAUAAAUUGUCAGCAUCAAGGCCGCACUUUUGUUUUUCUUUCUUUUUUUUUUUUCUCCAGUCGAUAUCGAUUCUCCUCACUCUUUAUUUUAAACUUGUUUACGACAAAAUCCUAAAACCAGUAUCCAUUUCACAUAACUCUUUCAAUCAAAUAUAUCAUGCUGAAGCACUCAAUAACCACUUUUGCGUACCUUUUGGUCGUCUUCCUCACCUUCUUUUCCGUCAAUGCCCUCCCAACCCCACAACAAUCUGAACCCUUCAGAUUUGAAGUGAGCUCACCAAAGACAGAUUCGCUGUGGCCGGUCGACUCACUGCCUACCAUUUCCUGGGAUGCUACCCAGAUGCCUCAGGGCUCGACUAUGGACAUUGCACUUCUUCACUACGAAAAGAAACAGUCCUAUCUUCUACGUCGUUACGUUCCUGCUCGUUUGGGAUCCACCCUCGUCAACCUGCAACCGGAGCUCAAAUCCGGCACUUACUCACUCUUGUUGACCGUCUAUAAGGGACGCACUUCGAGUGUUGUGGGUCGCUCCUUGGUGCAUGGCAUUAUCCUCUCAGAGGACGAGGCCGUUGACGCUGAGCAGGAGACUCUUCGCAUUAUUAGCAACAAGGACCAGGAAAUUGAAGACAAUAACGAGGAAAAUACCGCAGAGUCCUUGACCACAUCCGAGACGCCCGAGCUACUUCUCAAAGCAAAUAAGCAAAGACAGCGUAUGAUAGUUCAGGAAACCGAACUGGUCGAGUUGACGCACGAGCCUACCAAAGGUAAUUUGGUUCUUCGUGCUCCUUACACUAUCGGUUGGACGAUCCCCAAGGCAAUCGAAGGUGCACGCCGUAUCCGCGUGAACCUGUUGUUGGUGUCUCGAGAUGAUGAGGUGGUUCGUGUUUUGGCGACCAACAUCGACGCCAAGACUGGAUUCCUCUAUGUCUUUUUACCAGCAGACAUCCCUCUUCAGAUGUACCGGAUCAAAGUUGAGAUCAUUGGAAAGGGCCGCAAGUUCACUGGAUACACUCACAAGUUCCACACAAGUCUGCCUGCUUUCUCUGCAAGGUCAUGAAGCUAAAACUCAUACAUACUCAUUCAUUAAUGACGGAUUCUUUACACUUUUCUUCAUGAUCCCCUUCUCACCUUGUAUCAUAAUGUUCAACCCUUCCGACAUCAUCUACUGUCCUAUCUACAAGUUUUUUAUUUUUAUUUUUAUUUUUUUCUCUUUAUUGUCUCUUCAGAGUAGAAAGAAGAAUAUCCACACCUCUCUGUAACUCUGUAAACAUGUAACAUAGUCAUCGUUCUCAUCUCAUUCAUGUAUAACUGUAUAAUAAUAAACAAUUAAGAAAAAAUAAAAAAAAACUUGACAAAGCA